GGAAGCUUGCAGCGUGAGGUGGUUUUUUUCACUUACACUGAGAGAAUUCGUGUGGCGAAGAGCGACGGAUAGGUCGAGACCGCGAUCACUGGGCUUUUGCAGUGAAUAGCUAAGAAAUAGCUGCACGUUGCCUGACUUUGUGGAAACCUUGAUCAACAGACUAACAACAUCCCUUGAGCGUAGGGAAAACGGGACAACAAGGGAGAAAACGGUAACCUUUCCUCGUCGUUAUAAAAACAACCUGCAACAGGAGGGCGGAAAAGGACAAGAGGGUGAAAAACGGAGAUUGUGUUUCUUAGUUGUUAGUGGCUGCCCUGUAACGCAUUCCAUUCCCCUUCACACGACAAUCUUAUUGGGCGCGUGAAGAUUUUUUUUAGAAGUUAAGAGAAGUGAUCAUAUCGUUGAUUGGUGCGAAGGAUUAACUACCACACAACCACACAAUGGGGAACGUUUUCGCUAAUCUGUUCAAAGGAUUGUUCGGCAAAAAGGAGAUGAGAAUUCUGAUGGUCGGAUUGGAUGCUGCCGGUAAAACUACGAUCCUGUAUAAAUUAAAAUUAGGUGAAAUUGUUACAACGAUUCCUACAAUUGGUUUCAACGUGGAGACUGUAGAGUAUAAAAACAUUAGUUUUACUGUGUGGGACGUUGGCGGUCAGGAUAAGAUUCGACCCCUGUGGAGGCAUUACUUCCAGAACACACAAGGACUUAUCUUCGUUGUCGAUAGUAACGACAGAGAGCGUAUCGGUGAGGCGCGGGAAGAACUGAUGCGAAUGUUGGCCGAGGAUGAGCUCAGAGAUGCUGUUCUACUGAUAUUUGCAAACAAACAGGAUCUACCAAACGCGAUGAAUGCCGCAGAAAUCACCGACAAGCUAGGUCUACAUUCGCUUCGAAACCGCAACUGGUAUAUUCAGGCGACCUGUGCAACCAGCGGCGACGGCCUGUACGAAGGGCUCGAUUGGCUGUCCAACCAGCUGAAAAAUGCUAACCGCUAAGCAAGCAAGCCACCAAGCAAACGGGCCGACAGCAAGACAGCAUAAAAGUAAGCGUGCGACGCGAGAGAGAGGGAGAGCAGUAGCGCAGUAGCAUAUAGCAGCAGUAAAUCACACACAGCUAAAAACGAGGAGAAAAAGAAAUCGAAAAACAACAUCCAUUCGUGAAAAGAAAAGCCAGUUCUACUUUCGUCGUUCCAUAGUUCGUUCAGUUCGAGCGGUGAGUCGUCGUGCAGUUUGCCGUCGUUUGCGAGCGGAUUUAUUCAGGGACUUGGUGCGUAAUACUGGUGUUGCGUUGAUGGGGAGACAGCGAGCAGCGAAUAUUGCAUGUCGUCAUAUUAGGCCUCUCAUGCGGAUCAACAAUUAUUGUUCAAUGAUCACUUUUGAGAAGGGAAAAACCAGCAGGAGACGGAUGAAAGGGAUGGGAUGUAAGUUAACACAUUGAACGGUUGGAGUUAUAGACUUACCUAAGCUACUAUCAGUCUGGGGAUAAAACAUUGGAAAGAUACUAGAGACUACACAUAAGCACACAAUAAGGCGUCAAAGGAAAAAAAAAAAUACAAGUAAAUAAACAAUUGCCAAACAAACAAUUGUUCUUCAAACGUGGCCUCACCCCGCGUACUAUACUAAUGUA